GUCAUUCAAAUCGAUCUCGGAAUCAGAUGCAACUGUAAAAGAGGGCAAGCUGUCGAUGUCCACAAUUCGCGGGCAAGCAUUUGACAUAAAGUAGAUUGCGAGCAGGAUCACAACAUGGAUCGGCACGUCGAUCUAUCACUGGCUCAUAUCGAACGGGUUUGCUCCUCUUCAUAAAUCUUGAGUCGCCACGUGCCGUCAUCGCCCUAGGAUGUAGGGCAUCCCAUGAGUCGGGUAAAUGAGUUCAUCGUGAUAUGCUUGAUAGAUGGAGUGAGGGUUGGAUGGCAAAGCGGCGCUAUCAAGGUUGGUGAUGUUUCCGAGCUGACGAAUCGGAUUAUGCACUGGUUGUUUCGAGGGACGCGAUUUCUUCGACGCUCGUCCAUGCUGAAGAUUUCCGACUCUACCCAGCCCUUGGGUAUUUCCCUGCCAUGAGAA